AUGGCUGCCAAUGAAGAAGGACCGGAACUCAUGAUCCAUGAAGACAAUCAGUCGUGUCUCAAGAUUUUGAAGAACCCGGUCAACGACGGCCGUGCUAAGCACAUUGACAUAAAGUAUCAUCACAUCCAUGAUGAGGUCAAGCGCGGUGAAGUGAAGCUCAAGUACUGUGAAACUGCGGUGAUGUAA